AUGCCAGCCUCGACGAAGGCGGCGCUCGAGAGGAAGCGCAUCGCCAACGUGGGCAGGGCACGCGUCAAGGCUGUGAAAAACUUCUUGGGCAAACCGUGGGUGGCGAAAACCUUGAAGGAGGCAGUAGCGGAGUUCAAGGUUGCUGCGCACAAGCGUCUGUGCGAUGCACUUGCCACUGCUGCCCUUCGUUCCAACUCUCAGCACGGCGCUCUCUGGGAGAAGAACAGGAAGCUCACGAGGCAGCUCAACGCAGCGACCUCCGAGAAGCAGGAGCAGGCAGACGAACUCAAGAAGCUGCGGCAGCUGGCGCGGGACAACGAGAAGCUAAAGCAGAGCAACGAGGAACUGCAGGAAGAGCUCGGCAAGGCCAAAGCCGCCCUCGCUGACCUCCGCUCAACGCAGGCUCGCUUCAACUACUGGGCAACGCCCCGGGGGAAGAAGCGCUUUGCUUGGCUCACUCUGCACCCCGCGAAGUGGGGUUCGAGGCGCAACCGGGAAUGGCGUUCGGACUUCGACUGCAAGAUCCUGGCGGCCGUCGCGACUGCCGAGAAGAGCGAGCCGACCUAUCUUGAGAAAGGUUGGGGCGAGCAGCUGAUCGUGCCCACCUGCGCCUACGACGACCACGUGGUGGAGCUUAUGAACUCUCCGCAGCAUCGCGCUUGGCAACCUAGAACGCUGAGGAAGCCCGAAGUACUUCACGACCACUUGCUGUACAAGUUUAUCGAGUUUAUCGUUAU